GGUUGUGAACUUAUUUUUAUCUGCUUCUCUCUUCUGCUCAUCUUUGUACUUUAAAUGCAUGCAGCAAGAAAGAUUUUCAGGGCAUCUGUAGAUUACAGGUGUGUCUGUUGGUGUUAUGUGUCAUCAAGUUGUCUCUGACUUAUGGCAACUCUAUGAAUAAAUACGUUCCAAAAUGCCCUGGGUUUGACAGCCCUGCUGUGCUUUUGUAAAUUCAAGACUGUGAUUUCCUUUAUGGAAUUGAGCCGUCUCAUUUUUGGUCAUCUUCUUCUGCCUUGGACUUUCCCUAGCAUUAUUGUUUUCUCCGGUGAGUCUUGCCUUCUCAUGAGAGCCCCAAAAUACUACAGCUUCAGUGUUGCCAUUUUUGCUUCCAAAAGGUGUGUCUAGAAGUUUUUAAAUUGUAAUCCAUAUGAUCCAGUUCCACCUGGGAUAACUUAAAAUCUCUUUACAGAACAAGUAUGCAAUGCACGGGAAAGUAGCUCUAGAGGCAGUACGUGCCAUACUACUACACUCCCCACCCUCGUUCGGACACCUACACUCAUGAUGCAGCCGUCCCUGGAUAUCAAACCGUUUGUGUCCUUUUCGGUGGACGGCAGCUCUGCUGUUGGACUUUUCCCAAAUUUUAACACCAUGGAUCCAGUGCAAAAAGCAGUCAUAAACCACACGUUUGGAGUGUCACUCCCCCCAAAGAAGAAACAAGUCAUUUCUUGUAACGUCUGUCAACUUCGCUUUAACUCUGAUAGCCAGGCCGAGGCCCACUACAAAGGAAGUAAACAUGCCAAGAAGGUCAAAGCACUAGAAGCAACGAAAAAUAGACCAAAAGCUGGUGCUUCCAAGGACAGUACAAAGGCUAAUACGAACGGCUCUGCUACGCCAGUCCCAGCCAGCAUCUCUGAGAAAUCAGAAGUUAGGGUGAAUCUGAAAGCCAUUGGCUCUAGUCCACUUCCAAAUGUAGACGUGGUCCCCUUUCUCUUUGAGUCUGGACCUGUCGGAGCUGCAGCAGCCGCAGCAGCCGCCGCAGCAGCAGCAGCAGCAGCACACUCAUCGCCCACUUCCUCCAAGAGCACAAAUGGAGCCACGAAUGCCAUCCCUGAAUCCGAAGAGGAGAAAGCCAAGAAACUGCUCUACUGUUCCUUAUGCAAAGUGGCUGUAAACUCCCUCUCACAGCUAGAAGCGCAUAACACAGGGUCCAAGCACAAGACGAUGGUCGAGGCUCGGAAUGGUGCAGGGCCAAUCAAAUCAUACCCCAGACCUGGAUCCAGACCGAAGACGCACAGCACCACCACGGGCUCGGGCCUACAGAACAAAACGUUUCAUUGUGAGAUCUGUGAUGUCCAUGUCAAUUCAGAAAUUCAGCUGAAGCAGCACAUUUCCAGCAGAAGGCACAAAGACAGAGUUGCAGGGAAGCCUACAAAGCCGAAAUACAGUCCUUAUAACAAACUGCAGCGUAGUCCAAGUAUACUAGCCGCAAAGCUCGCAUUCCAAAAAGAUAUGAUUAAGCCUUUAGCACCGGCCUUCCUUUCGUCUCCUCUGGCUGCUGCAGCGGUAUCAACUACUUUGACUCUUCCCCCACGUCCUUCAGCUGCCUUGUUCCAAGCGCCAGCAUUACCCACAGCUCUCCUAAGGGCAGGGCAUGGCCCUAUCCGAGCAACUCCAACAUCAAUCCUGUUUGCACCGUACUAAUUUUUGAGGCAACAACAUGUAACUUUGGCCAUUGUGUAGAAGUGAGCAAGGAUUGACACUGACUGUAUUUCUAAGGCACCGUACCUAAGUACUUCCCCAUCAAAUAGGUUGUGGCACACUUCUUCGACGGGCCUUGCAAUCUAGAUGACAACGGCUUGUUUCAGUUUUGUCAUUUUUUUUAAUACGCAACUUAGAUCAAUGGUUCAUUAGAAGUUUAAUUUUGCACAAAAUACAUGAAGGAUUCAUAGGUCUGUUUUUUGUGUUUUUUUAUGGUCAUAUGACCUCCAUUGUAAACAAGGAAUGUGGAAUAUUUUCCUGACUGACUUGAAUCCCAGAAUCUUUCUCCCUUGAAUGGAUGUAUGUAGGCCUCUGGAAACCACCUGGACAGAUUCUGGUGUACAGCAAAAGCUUAGAUGAAGCAAGUGCGUAAUUGCUUGAUGACAUCUCAAUAAUGGAUUGCAAUGACUUAUUUCCCAUGUGCUCCCAUUGCUAGGGACUAUGUCAUCUUUUAGGCCUCAGUACCGGUGUAUCUUGUGUCGUACUCAAGGUGUAUCCCCCAUUUGAUUUUGAACCAUUUUAGUUGUUGUGGAAAUAUUUGGAAUCAGCGCAGCCUUGAACCUUUUCUUUUUAAAAAUGUAUUUCUUUAAUAUUUUAUUUAGAAAGAUUAAGAAUAAGGAAGCCAUAUAUCAGGUAGUUAAGCUUAUGACUCAUUUACUGUUCUUAUGUAAUUUAUUUUUGUUGUUUCUCCAUCUCCUCCCACCCCCUGACCCCACUCUAGUGUUGCUAAACAACCAUUUCAGAUGAAAGCUUCAUCGUUUAUAUGUUUACCACAGCUCAUAUUCAUUGAAACAAUGGACAGGUAUAUUUUUAUUUAAUAUAUAGAGAUACAGAUAUCUAUGCUAUUUCUGAACUUGUUUCCUUUAUAAUGAUGCUGCAUAAGGUUGUGGCUGCCCAUUGCAAUAAUGUACAGGAGAUGAAAUAUUUAAAGAACUAAUUGUCUUUUCUGUUGAAGGAAUAUAUUGUUCUGACCCUCCACUUUCCCUGUUUCCCCCCCUCUCUUUUAUAAAGAUGAACUGGGCAUUGAGAUCAUGUGUCGUCUGGGACAAUGAGGGUACUCCCUAAGAAUAUCUUUACCUGAAAUCUGUAAAGAGUAAAAUCUAUGUGUAUUUUUUAACAGCACGUUUUUAAUAAAAUAAUGUGGAAAAG